AUGCUGAACGAAGAUGGGACCGUCGCCGACAAGGUCAACAUUCACGUGGGCGAUUCAAAAGUAAUACAGGAAAGAUGGUCAAGCUCUCCUGCGCGAUUGACUAGAAACGGGCUCUCUGUGCGAGUGGAGGAGAGCGCCUCGGUGAAUAGCUUGAAGAAGGCAAUCCAAGCGGAGAAGCUGACGAUCACAUGUGAUGCCAACGAGAUGCAGCUCUUCCUGGCCAAGAAGGGUGGCGCGUGGCUGACGGAGGCAUACGUGAAUGAUGGUGUGAGCGACACUAAUGAUCUGAAGCCAUCACAACAUCGUCACGAUUGGAGACGCUGA